UGACGUCACUGCAUUGUAUUCUAAAUUCAUAAAUCUUCUUGAUCUCUGGCUCUCUGUGCCGCACUGGCUGCUGCUCGCGCGUCCUGAAUGUAAAGUGUGUCCUCUGCUCUGAAGCACUGAUGUCUUCUGUCUCCUCCCGACCUCACGGAGACGGUCCGAGCAGUGAAGCAGAGAUACAGCGCGGCUGUCACGAGCAUUACGCGUGCCGACAUGUAAACCACGGUUAAUGGUUGGCUGCUGUAAUGCUCACACAUCUCUAAUGUUGACUCCAUCGCAAGAGGGAGACAGUCGCCUUGGUAACAGCAGGAUCCGUCCAGCUUCAGCACCAGCGGCAGAGCAUCCAUCAGUCCUCCAGUGAUCCUCACUACUGCAACAUAUCAGUAACCGCCUACAAACCUCGCGCGUUAUAUAGUUUGAAUUCAUUGAAACCUAAAAUAUGAUCUAGUGUCAGAUCUGAGACUGAGAUGAGACUCUCUAGGCCUUCAGCUCCAGAUGUUCCUCGCGCAUCUGGAGGAAUAACAUCCGCAUCGUUCUGGAAUUGUUCGAGGAAUCCUGAAGAACUGUGAGGCCGAGUGAAACAGAUCGAGAUCGUCGUGCAGCAACAAGCGGCCCACGGACAGACAGACCGACCGACAGACCGACAGACUCCUCCAUCUCUGGAACCCGACACCGACGCUCGCGUUCCUCCGGCGUGCGUCCAUCAGCCGCUCCGUGCAGCAGCGCUCGUCUGAUUCCUGUGUUUUUAGUCUUUUCUUCUUUCCUCUUGUGCAUGUGGUUGAUGGCGCGGGUGUGCUGCGGAUCGGGCACCGGGUGUGAUGUGACCGGUUCGGCGGACGGGAGAACCGCAGGGCUGCUGUGGAGCGUCGCGUCUUCAGACCGGAUUCGCGUCGCGUGAUGCCCGCUCGCGCUCUUCCUCCUUCAUUCGACGGAAUAAAGGCCACCUAUGGAAACUGGAGACCAGAAUUUUAGGAAAAAGGCAAGCGAGUGAUUUUAUGUUUCUUUUCUUUUAAUUCUUUAUUGUUCAUCGCCAGGAUGGAUUGAUUUAAUUGACGCAUCGCAGCCCUGAAUGAUUUUCACCUCGAGCUGUUUUUGAUUCAAACGGAUCGGUUUAAUCACUCGUCUGUUAGAUUCAUGCACGUGCGCGCGGGCUCGGGCUCGGGAACGUGAAGGAUUCAGACUUUCACCAGGAGCCUUCAUCUGAAGAUCGGAUCGAGAACAGGCCAGAUUGGGUGAAGAUGAGUUUAUCUUUUGCCAUGUUCUGUUCUGAUGUAAUAUUUGGAGUGUCACUCAAGUACAUCAUCAUCAUCAGACAUUAGUAUGUAGGUGCAGGUAGAAGCGGCCUGUCGUUUGUCUUCUAAUCCAGUUCACGAAACCCUCGAGGGCCCUCUGUCUCUCGGGCCCCCUGUUUUUUCUUAUUUUGUCCUCUUAAAUCUACAAAUAUUUAUUUCCUGUACAUCAAGAGGAAAGGGGGCUCCCCUUUCGUUGAAUGCGGCAACAUGGGUGUGUUUGAGCGCGGCGUCCAGAUGCUCCUGACCACGGUGGGCGCCUUCGCCGCCUUCAGUCUGAUGACCAUCGCGGUCGGGACGGACUACUGGCUCUACUCACGCGGGGUCUGUAAAAUAAAGACUAGUAACGAGAACGAGACCGGCAAGAAGAACGAGGAGGUGAUGACCCAUUCUGGGCUGUGGAGGACCUGCUGUCUGGAAGGUAACUUUAAAGGCAUGUGUAAACACAUCGAUCACUUUCCUGAAGACGCCGAUUAUCAAGCCGAUGCAUCAGAGUACUUCCUGCGUGCGGUUCGCGCCUCCAGUAUUUUCCCCAUCCUCAGUGUCAUCCUGCUGUUCAUGGGGGGUCUCUGUGUCGCCGCCAGCGAAUUCUACAAGUCUCGACACAACAUCAUCCUCAGCGCAGGAAUCUUCUUUGUAUCCGCAGGUCUGAGUAACAUCAUCGGGAUAAUCGUGUACAUAUCAGCCAACGCGGGCGACCCGUCCAAGAGCGACUCGAAGAAGAACAGCUACUCGUACGGCUGGAGCUUUUACUUCAGCGCGCUGUCCUUCAUCAUGGCGGAGAUGGUGGGUGUCCUGGCCGUCCACAUGUUCAUCGACCGGCACCGGGAGUUACGUGUGGCUCGCGCUCGGACCAGUGGAGGAGGAGACUAUCUGCAGGGAUCCGCCAUCACCAGAAUCCCCAGCUACCGCUACCGUUACCGGCGCCGCUCGUGCUCCUCCAGCCGCUCCACCGAGCCCUCACACUCACGUGACGCUUCUCCCGUGGGACUGAAGGCCUUCGGAGCGCUGCCCUCCACCGAUAUCUCCAUGUACACUCUCGGCCGCGGCGGAGACACGCUCAAGACUCCACACGGGUCUCCACCGAUGUACAACUCCGACAGAGAGCCCGACUUCCUCCAGGUGCACAACUGCAUCCAGAAAGACUCGAAGGAUGCCAACCGGCGCACCACACCUGUAUGAGACACAUCGCCCCCUGCAGGUGAGGAGGAGAAUCACGCCAGCCACAGACAGACUGAUUUCUAACACUAAUGACGAAGAGUUUACAUGUUGAAGUCCAAAAAAGAAAAAUGAAUUGCAUGAUUUUCUUAUCUUCCAUAAACUAACAAGUUUUCAACCUUAUGAUGAAUCAGAGCUGAUGACGACGGCGUUUGGACUGAAAGCUCUUGAAAUCUCUUUUCUUCAUGUUCGAUUCAUUUCGUUGCACAUAAAUACUGUGAACCUCCGUGGCUGCUGUGAACCCAGGGAAAACAAUCCCAAAAACCGGCUGCGAUUUAUAUGUCAUAAUAAACGUAUUAAUGAUACAUGACUAUAUAUACACUGCCAGUCAAAAGUUUGGGAUCAAAACGAUGUUUAAUGUCUUUUACAGGAGUUUAUUCUGCUGAACAAGCCUGUGUUUAUUUGAACAUUGAUCGUUCUAAUACCAAAUCAGCAAAUUAGAAUGAUUUCUGACGAUAAUGUGACACUGAAGACUGGAGUAAUGAUGAUGGAAAUUCAGCUUUGCAUCGCAUAAAUAAAUUAUAUUUUAAAGAACAUUAACAUAG